UCCAAUCAGGGCGGCGCUCACACCACCACCGUCGGCCUCCGCCCUUCUGCUGCGCUCCGCUCGGCUCCUCGACGCUAUGGGCAAGGCCUCCAAAGACAAGAGGGACAUCUACUACCGGAAGGCAAAGGAGGAGGGGUGGAGAGCUCGCAGCGCCUUCAAGCUCCUGCAGAUCGACCAGGAGUUCAACAUCUUCCACGGAGUGAAGCGUGUGGUUGAUCUCUGCGCUGCUCCUGGGAGCUGGAGCCAGGUUCUGAGCCGCAAUUUGUAUGUUCCAGCAAAGCUAACAUCUGAUGGGAAAGAGGGUGACCUUCCUCUCAUUGUUGCGAUCGAUUUGCAACCGAUGGCUCCAAUAGAAGGUGUCAUACAAGUGCAGGGCGACAUCACUAAUGCUCGGACAGCGGAAGUGGUCAUUAGGCACUUCGAUGGAUGCAAAGCAGACCUGGUUGUGUGUGAUGGCGCCCCUGAUGUUACCGGCCUUCAUGACAUGGACGAGUUUGUCCAGUCCCAGCUUAUAUUGGCGGCACUGACAAUUGUGACUCAUGUACUCAAAGUUGGUGGAAAAUUUGUUGCCAAGAUUUUCCGCGGUAAAGAUACAAGUCUCCUGUAUUGCCAGUUAAAGCUGUUCUUCUCACAAGUUACAUUUGCAAAGCCGAAGAGUAGCCGCAACUCAAGUAUUGAGGCUUUUGCAGUCUGCGAAAACUACGCUCCUCCUGAGGGCUUCAAGGAGAAAGACCUGUAUCACCUUCUAGAGAAAGUGGGGACUCCUUCAGGGGCCGAUGAUUUGGACUGCAGGAGCGGCUGGCUGGAGGGACCAAACAAGGUCUACAUCCCGUUCCUGGCCUGCGGCGACCUCAGCGGCUACGACUCAGACCGUUCGUACCCGCUUCCGAGCGCGGAAGGCGGCGGCUCCUACCAGAGCCUGGACCCGGUCCAGCCUCCAAUCGCCCCGCCGUACAAGACUGCGCUGGAGAUGAAGAAGGCGUCCAGCCACGGCGCGGGCGCAUUAGAUACCAGCAAAUCGUCCGUUGACUCCUGAAGCUGCAAUAUAGGCAGGGUUUGGGCGCAUGUAGCUGCUGCCCACCACAUGGACAUGCGGGCAAGCGAUGUUCAACACAUGGGUUGCAGAGAUGAGAAGAUGCCAGAGUCUAGGCUGAAUUUCGUUUAUUCGUCUGAUCUGAAAACAAACUUAUCAUCUGUCAGCACACGAGUCACAGAGAUGAGAAGAUGCUGAACUUUAAGCUGAGUUUAGUUAUUCGUCCGAUCUGAAAAUACAUGUAUCGUCCUCUCUACACCAACUUAUAUCAUGUAAAAUACAUAUGAUGUCUCUCUCGUACACCGAACCCAUUCUUGGCAAUAUUGCGGUUCCAGAUCGCAGAUCGUACUUGUGACUUUGUUUCGUUCUGGAACGACUUUUGGGGUUUACAA